AUGUCACCCAAUGAAGACCAUCAGUAUAUGGGGGUCGUACAGCUGCUUCUCCAUUUCCAAUGGACGUGGGUUGGGCUCCUUGCUGUGGAUAAUGACAGCGGAGAUCAUUUCUUAAAAACCCUGGAGCCUUUGCUUUCCCAGAAUGGAAUCUGUUUGGCCUCCACAGGACGAAUCCAAAACCAAUCAAAAUGGGACUUUGUACCAGACCUUUUCCACUUGACAACACAGAUAUAUGAUACUUUGACAUUUAGCAAAGUCAACACAAUCAUUUUCUAUGGGGAAUCCAUGACCCUGGUAACCAUGAACACUUUGAUGUUUUUAGGAAUUGCCGAACAUAAAGAAAAAGCAUCACUGGCAAAAGUAUGGAUCAUGACGGGUCAGGUUGAUUUCACAUUAUCAGGCUUUCAACGCUUCAUGAAUUGUGACCUGUUUCAAGGUGCCCUUUCCUUCACACUUCACUCUGUCAAUGUUCUUGGGUUCCAGAAGUUUCUUCAUGGGAUCAAACCUCACUGGGCGAAGGGGGAUGGUUUUCGCAUGGAGUUUUGGAAGCAAACAUUUGACUGUUCCUUUCCAAAUUCCCAAGAACCAAUGGCAAGCAACGGGACAUGUACUGGGGAAGAGAGGCUGGAGAGUGUUCCUGGGCCGCUUUUUGAAAUGGACAUGACUGGCCACAGCUACAGUAUCUAUAAUGCUGUUCAUGCUGUAGCCCAUGCUUUGCAUGCCAUGCACUUGUCUAGAUUCAGUCACAGAGCACAUGUGAGUGGCAGAAGGGUGAGAAUCUAUGAGCUUCAACCUUGGCAGCUCCAUCCGUUUCUUCAAGGCAUUUCAUUUAACAACACAGCAGGAGAAACCAUUUCUUUUAACCAGAACAAGGAAAUGGGAGUUGGAUUCGAUAUCACCAACCUCAUCACGUUCCCGAACAAGUCUUUCCAGAAGACGAAAGUCGGAAGGCUGGAUCCUGAUGCCCCCAAAGGAAAACAACUUGUCAUUCAUCCAGAUAUGAUCGACUGGCACAGAACUUUUAACCAGGUACUGCCACUUUCACAAUGCAGCGACCCCUGCCAACCUGGUUAUCACAAAAAGAAGAAGGAAGGAGAGAAGUUUUGCUGUUACAAUUGUGAUCCAUGUCCAGAAGGAAAAUUUUCAAGCCUGAAGGACAUGGUUGACUGUAUCAGUUGUCCAGAAGAUCAGUAUCCAAGCAAGGACCAAGAUCAGUGCUUUGACAAAAUUAUAACUUUCCUAUCUUAUAAAGAACCUUUGGGAAUCAUUUCCACAGUUCUAACUGUUUCACUGUCCCUGACUACUGCUUUCGUACUGGGAACUUUCAUUAAGCACAGGGAUACCCCUGUAGUGAAAGCCAACAAUCAGGGUAUCACCUAUGUUCUCCUUGUCUCCCUCCUCCUCUGUUUCCUCUCUUCUUUACUGUUUCUUGGAGAACCAAACCAGGUGACCUGCCUCCUCCGGCAAUCUGCUUUCACCAUCAUCUUCACAGUGGCCGUUUCUUCUGUCUUGGCCAAAACCAUCACUGUGGUUGUCGCCUUCAUGGCCACUAAACCAGGGUCUCGUGUGAGAAAAUGGGUAGGGAAAAGACUGACCGGCUUCAUCCUUUUUUCGUGUUCCUGCAUCCAAGUAGGCAUCUGUAUGGCUUGGCUAGGAACCUCAGCCCCUUUCCCCGAUUUUGACAGGCGGUCACUGACCACAGAGAUUGUGGCUGAAUGUAACGAAGGGUCGGUGAUUAUGUUUUAUGUAGCCCUUGGUUAUUUGGGACUUUUGUCUUUUAUCAGCUUGGUGGUGGCCUUCCUAGCCAGGAAGUUGCCAAAUAGUUUCAAUGAAGCCAAGUUCAUCACCUUUAGCAUGCUGAUUUUUUGCAGCGUUUGGGUGUCUUUUAUUCCAACCUACCUGAGUACCAAAGGGAAAUAUAUGGUAGCCGUUGAGAUCUUCUCUAUCUUGGCUUCCAGUGCUGGGUUACUGGUUUGUAUCUUUUCACCCAAAUGCUAUAUUAUUAUUCUGAGACCUGAGUUGAACAGGAAGGAUCUGCUAAUUAAUAAAAGGUCUUGAGGAGUCUGAACAACCAUAUUUAUUGUUUUUAUGGUGUCUAUGAUAGUGAAUGUAU